AUAAAUGCGCAUUUGUUCUUCUUUCUCCUGAUCCUCUCUAUGUGCCCUUUCUAUUGAAGAGAAAAAAAAAACAGCAAAAAAAAGGAAAAAAGUCUUCAAUUUUCCCAGAUUUUACUGCUCUGAUCCUUCAAUCUCGUAGUACCCUGAAAACAGCAAAAAAAACUCAGCUUUUCUCGGAAAAAAUCGCCUGAGCUUUCGGAGAAGUAAAGAAAGAGAGUAUAUUGACGACUUGGGUCGUCUUGAAUCUUGGAAGAGAGAGAAAUGAGAGUAGAUAUCCCUGGAACACCAGGGACUUUCACUGGUCUUGUCUUGAGAGUUUCUCAGUGUGUUUUCGCUGCUGCCUCCAUUUCUUACAUGGUUUCCUCCGGUGCCUUCUUCAACUACACUGCUUUCUGCUACCUAAUUGCAGCAAUGGGUUUGCAAGUCAUAUGGAGUUCCGGUCUUGCGAUACUAGACACCUUUGCUUUAUUGAGAAAGAAAACGCUUCUUAGCCCGGUCUUCGUCAGCCUAUUUGUAGUUGGAGAUUGGGUAACAUCGACAUUGUCUCUAGCAGGAGCCUCGUCAUCUGCAGGGGUCAUGGUUUUAUACUUUGGGGAUUUAGGAAGCUGCACUUUUGAAGCAGAUUGCUGGAGGUAUCAACUCUCUGUUACUUUAGCUUUCCUUUCUUGGAUCUCAAUCUCCAUUUCUUCACUUACCACACUUUGGUUACUUGCUUCUUCUGUCUAGUUAAACACACCACAUAUACACAAACACUCUUUUUUAGAUUUUUGAUUCUUUAUAUUGUUAAUAGAUACACACGAUUACUUAACUCUUCAGCGUAUACUAAUACUGGAUUUACUGAUGUCAUUAAGUCACAGCUUCUUUUCUCAUUUGUUUGAGAUUGAUUGUUAUUCUUCAUGUUACAAACGUAUAACGUUUAUGUGAAUUAACAGAUUUUUUUUCA